AUGUUGGAAAGAGAUUCUUUUCCAAAUAAGGGAGGAUAUAUUUUUGAAAAAUUGUUUCUAUGUACUACCUCUGCAUAACCUAACAACAACCUGGUUGAAACAGUGUCCUUAUCAGCAGUUGCCAUGUGAAAAGGUGGUCGCAAACAGCUUCAGAUCAUAGUCCAUCUUUCAGCAGAUAGCUCAGCGUAUUUGUAAAAUUCAAGGCUGAACCAAUGAAAAUACAUUUCGUCGUCUAAAAGUCAACAACGCCAAAUCGAAGACUAGGAAACAAUGAGUAAAGUAUAAGACGUCAUUAUAAAGUUUUGAAGCCAAUGUUCCAUUCUCUUUGUCCAUAAGGAACAACCGUGUAGAACUACGAAAACGAUCGGAACAUCCCUUAUGGAUCAGCAAGGUUGGUCGGAUGAAGCAACUCCGGAGGGGGAGAUAGAAACGGCCAACAACCACACCCCGGCUCAUACACCCCCACACAGUUCUCCGCCCCCGGAAAGCCCUUCAGGACCCCAAGGUCCGGCCCCAGUCGCAGUUACCAGGUAUUCAGGGAGUCCACUACAGGAGAGUUUAAGCCAGUCAGGCUCCACCCAAAAUCUUAAGACAUUGACGCCAGUCGAAACAGUCCCGACUGUCGAAGACAGGGAGUAUCUCUACCACAGCGCCACCACGCCGGCUAUGGUGAGCACAUAUGCAAGCAUGGCUCCUGUACAACACAGCAUGGCAAACAGUCCCGGAUAUGGCCACCACGACAUCUUCGCAUUGACAGGUAAACACGGUAGCCUGAGCCCCGUGCCUAAUUACGGCCAUCACGUGGAUCAUCUCACCAAUUUGGUACCACCGCCGUCCGGGAUGGGCACGGCAACGGUAUAUCCACCGUCCAACACCCUGGCCGUUUUACCAAUGUCGUACGUUAGCCCAUCAUCGGCUCAAUCUGUAAAUUCCGGAGUUUGGACCACUAAUCCUUCGGAUCAUCAAGUAAGUGCGUCAUACGGCAUGACCUCGACAUCGGCGCUCUCUCAGGGCCCUCACCUGAACGUGGGACACGGUGGGCCCUCCCCAGUAGAUCCUAACGAACUGUCACGUACCAACGGAUACUCCAGCUUUACAUCUACAUAUUUACGACAAGAUCAACCAAACUGGAGCCUGUACGACAGUCCGACAGUGUCGACAAUUCAGCAUCCCCCACCUUACUCUUUAGACAGCAUGGGCAGAAGGCUAAGUCCAGAUCAUUCCGAUUAUUAUAUACAAGAAGACAGGGAAUGUGUCAACUGCGGAUCCGUCACCACGCCUUUAUGGAGGAGAGAUUAUGCUGGACACUAUUUAUGCAAUGCUUGUGGCCUUUAUAAUAAAAUGAAUGGAAUAAACAGACCCAUGUCGCGACCCCAGAGACGUAUGAAUGAAGUAACGCUACCCAUACAGGAAAAAUUAUCACCAGUAGUUGGAUCAGACCGCAUUCAUAUGAAAAAUACAAGUUCAAGAAGAGCUGGCCUCUCCUGCUCCAACUGUUCGACCACGAAUACAACACUAUGGCGAAGAAACAACCAAGGCGAACCUGUUUGCAAUGCGUGCGGAUUAUACUUCAAAUUACACGGAGUCAACCGGCCUUUAGCCAUGAAGAAGGAAGGAAUACAGACGAGAAAAAGGAAACCAAAAAACUCUAAUCCAGAAGGCAAAACGAAACCUGCUCCGAAGAAUUCCACAUCAGAAUGUCAAGUGACCUAUCAACUGUCUCCACAUUCUGACCAGGGCAUCCUCAGUAGACACGAUAUGAAAACAAUGAGCCCGAUCCCUCAAGGAAGAUCCCUGUCAUCGCCCAUUACACCCUCCUCGGACAUACUAACUCGACACCUUCACGGCUUGAACAUGUCACCAUUAGAUCAACCUGCAACCAUCAUGUCGACUCCAAUCUAUUCCUCAUCAGUUUUAGCGUCGGCAGGAGUACUAAAUUUAGAAAACGAAACAAAAGUUAUCACCAAUGCACCGUCGGUGGUGGUGCACAACACAGCAAACUAAUUGUGCCAUUUAAAAUGACUGCUCGAGAGGAGAAAAAUAGUCAAAAAUUUCGCGAAAUUCGUCUCCAAUAUUAACUAGAAAUUAGGAUAAAUAUUAUUUUGAUCCCUACUAAAUUUAGGAAUGAACUUAUAUAGAAAAACAAAAAAUGUAUGUACGUUAUUCUGUUUGUGUUUUUUAUUAUUAUUGCAUUCUUAAAGUCGUUUCUGUGUAAUAUAUCAGUAUUAUGACUGUAAUUUUACAGUAAAAUGUAUUUAAUUGAUUAAAAAAAAUCGGAUUUAAUUAUCGAUUUUGUUACUGUAAUAGUACAAAGCCAACAUACAGAAGACCAAAGAUGUAACAAUAAGUUUCUGUUCUUCUACAAGAAAAAAAAAGGAAGAAAUUUUUAGUACUGUAAUCGCACGUUUGGCAAUAAAAAUGGCGUUCAUUUAUAA